AGGGGAGUUCUCAGCUGGGACUUUCCUCUGCCCUCCGGGAAAACUAAGGAAAAAAAAAAAAAAGCGAGAGAGAAAAAAAGUUGAAUCACAGGGCACAGCGCCGGCGAUGUUCCCCGGAGCCGUCACGGAGGUGGAGGUAUGCGGACCUGUGCGCGGUGGAGGGGCCGCUGCGGUCUCUCCCUCCGCUCGGGAGCACUGCUCCUCUUAAUCCCACCGCUUCUCCUCGCACUCCAGCUCCUCGUCGUCGGGUCACUUUUACCUGGAGCCGCACGGGUGUGGAUAGGGGUAGAGGAGCAGGACGGAGGGGUUGCAUUUUCCGUUAUAAGCAUUGAACCGAAGUGGAGCUCACGGCACCGGGGAACGCGUUCCUGGCGACCCGGCGUGGAGGAGGAGGCCGAGGCGGACGACGGGGAAAGGAGGGAGGGGGCACGAGCCUUUGAGGAUGAGAACGAGAUGCACUCGCGCCAGGUGGGACCCAGAGCAUUGGAAGUGCAGCUGUGGGCAGCAGGCGAGCCAUCCUUCACAGCAGAACUCAAUCGAAUCAUCCAGUAUAUUACAAGGCCACAGCUGAACUGCUCCAAGGUUUUAUCUCCAGGGCGGGCUCAGCCAGCUCAGCACCCUGCAGCACCAGCCCAUUGGCUGCUGUGUGCUGAGGACUGGCUCCUUCCAGCUUCACACAAAACGUGUGUUGCAUAUUCCUUCAGUAUGGAUGGGGGAGAUGCAGACUUUCUGAAGACUGUGUUGGGGCUGGGAUGUGAAGUACACUGUUUUGAUCCCAGCAACUCUAAUGCAUCUGGUGGUCACCUUGGCAACAGUUUGGCUAGUAACCAUGGUGAUGGAGGCGUGGUCAGCCAACACAAGAUGUGGCUUGAGUGGCGAGCUCCAAAGAAGCGCACGCAGAAGAGGAGAGGAAACCCGGGUGGUGUUUCUCAAACGCUGGCAGACAUUAUGGCAACUCUGGGACAUCACACAGUUCACUUCCUGUAUGCUGAUUUGCUAAGUGGUGAGUGGCGAGUUUUCCAGAACUGGAUUGAGGCAGGAACUCUGCAAAAUGUCCAUCAUCUUGUUGCCAAGGUGCACCUGGAGUGGGCAGGGUUUGAGGUGGGCGGAAGCAACGAGGAAGUGCUCCGCUAUUGGUUCAGUGUCCUUCAGGGUCUUCAAGCUUCUGGACUCAAGCUGGUUCACAGCUCUGCAGGAGAGGGUCACAGUGUCCUAAAACAGACAGUAGCAAAUGCACACAGCUCCUACACACUCAGCUGGGUCAACACACGACACUGAGACUCACACAUGAAUGGAUGAAGCUGUACACAGAUGAUCCAAAGAAGAGGGGGAAGCAGUUAGUGAAGUUUCUUGUUUUUUCCUGAGAUUUCAGGCAUAUGGUUCUUCACAUGACAUCUCCCUCUAGUGGAUAUGAAGAGAUCUGCAUCUUUGUUACUUGACUCUUACAUAAAAAUUUUUAUUUAUAUUUAAAACUGGACAUUUUAUUUUAAGCAAAUAUUGAACAGAAGAAGGGGUUGCUGUUUUAACUGGCUAACAGACACAAAAAUAAUAGUUAAAUCUACAGAUUUUACUUUGUCACAAAAUAAAAACAAGGGCAUACUGUAUGUAUGUCCUAACUGUUCCUGAAUAUAAAACCACUGCCCAACAGGCACCAAUACAUCUUCAUUUAUGUUUCAGCUGAACCAUAAAUCUGUUGUUUUACCGGCAUGUCCCACAGUAUGACCCCUUUCACAUGAGUCUGAUCCAACAGCUUAACCUCUUUGAGAAUAUUACUGUAAGCCUGAAGUACUUUAAUGUGCAAUAAAACUUUACAUGAAGAAAAGCUUCAA